AUGCCCUCGUACCUCACGCUCAGCCAGGACCACGACAACAAGGCUCGCGGAUUGGCCCACUGGCUGCGGGCCAACGAAGUGGUGGACGCCAAGGCCAACCUGGGCGAGCUGGUGGACCUGUUCUAUCAGCUGUGCUCCGUCGAGACCACCUGCCAGGGCCUGGCCGCCAUCGCCGCCACCCUGGCCAACGCCGGCACCUCGCCCCUCACCGCUAAGAGCGCGGUGUCGAAGGCGGUGGCGACGCAGACGGUGCAGAUCCUGAACGUGACCGACAAGUGGGCGCAGAGCAUCCACCUCGCCGCCAAGAGCUCCCUCUCCGGCGCCAUCCUCGUGGUGGUGCCGGGCGUGCUGGGGCUGGCCGUGUAUUCGCCUCGCUUGAGUCCCCAGAUGAAGAGCGUGGCCGGCACCAAGUUCUGCGAAGCCAUCGCCACCACCUUCCCCAGCCUCGCCCAGCCCUCCGCGUAG